AACAAAGCAAAACAACAUGGCGGCGUCCACAGAACACGUUGGACCCACUUCUGAAGAGACAGACCCCGCUGAAAGUGUCCAGACAGAACCUGCAGGGACGCUUAAAGGUUCCGAGACGUCCGAGUCCGAGUCGGAAAAACCCGAACAAGAUGAUGAUGAUGAUGAGGAGGAGGAAGAGGAGCCUCCCGGUCCAAAGAUCCGGGAGACCCCGCAGGACAUCCAGCUGGAGGCGAUCGCCAACACGGUGGCUGUGCACCCCAGCAGGGACGUGCUGGUCUGCGGGGACGUGGACGGGGACGUGUACGCGUUCUCCUAUUCCUGCACGGAGGGGGAGAACCGGGAGCUGUGGUCCUCCGGACACCACCUGAAGUCCUGCCGCCAGGUGCGCUUCUCGGCCGACGGGCUGCGGCUGUACAGCGUCUCCCGGGACAAGGCCGUCCACCUGCUGGACGUGGAGCGGGGCCAGCUGGUGUCCCGGAUCCGGGGGGCCCACGGAGCCCCCAUCAACAGCCUGCUCCUGGUGGACGAGAACGUCCUGGCAACUGGAGACGACGGAGGCACCCUGAAGGUGUGGGACAUGAGGAAGGGAACAGCCUUCAUGGACAUGAAGAACCAUGACGAUUACAUCAGUGACAUAACCGUGGACCAGAACAAGAGGAUACUGCUCACAGCCAGCGGCGACGGCACCAUGGGCGUCUUCAACCUGAAGCGGCGGCGCUUCGAGCUGCUGUCGGAGUUCCAGAGCGGCGACCUGACCUCGGUGGCGCUGAUGAAGCGGGGGAAGAAGGUGGUGUGCGGCUCCAGCGAGGGGACCCUCUACAUCUUCAACUGGAACGGCUUCGGGGCCACCAGCGACCGCUUCGCCGUCAAGGCGGAGUCGGUGGACUGCAUCGCGCCAAUCACCGACAACAUCAUGUGCACGGCGUCCAUGGACGGCUACAUCCGGGCCGUCAACCUGCUCCCCAACCGGGUGGUCGGCUGCAUCGGGCAGCACGUCGGCGAGCCCGUGGAGGAGAUCGCCAAGUCCUGGGACUCCCGCUUCCUGCUCAGCUGCGGCCACGACCAGCUCGUCAAGUUCUGGGACAUCUCCGGCUUGGCCAAGGUGACCGUCAACGAGUACCGCAAGAGGAAGAGGAAGGACGGCCGGAUGAAGUCGCUCACCAAGAAGGCCCUCGGCGAGAACGACUUCUUCUCUGGACUUGUAGAGGAACCUGAGAAAAAAGAAGAAGAGGAAGAAGAACAGGAAGAAGAGGAGGAAGACAGCGACAGUGGGAGUGACUAAAACACGCUGUCAUAUUAUUAAGUCAAGGUUCCUCAGAGCGUGUGGAGAACUUAGAGCAGAACAUGAGUUGGUACCUUGGUUCCCGUCUCCAUGCAUUACGAGAAAAGAUUCAACUUCCGUCUAAAGAACUGAAUAAGUAACUUUAUACUCUGACUUCCUGUGAGAUACGGGGAAUAAAUGACUCUGCCAGAGUGGCUUUGCUGCAGACGGGAGACUCUGAUGAAUGUUUUUAUGUUCAGAUAUUCUCUAGGCUGUUAGAAAACGUUUGUAAAUGAUGUCGAGCAGUAAAAAAAAUAAAACAUUUUGACGUUCAGCAUCAGUUCUAAA